UCUUGUUUAAGGACUAGGCAAGUGACAGUGUGGGCAGUUAGAUUUUUCUUCAAGAGUUGAAUUUAGGUAGGUGGUGUGUUGAUCAAGAGUUCUGCUUUGUUUUGUUUUGUUUUGAUGGGGUGUCUUGAGUUUUCAAAAGAUGAAAUGCAGUAGUAUUACUUAUUCAACUCCAAAUUUAUUUUGACACUUGAAAUGAAUAUGUUUUUGCAAGUUGAAAAUUUAUUGAUAAGAUUUUUGAGAAAUUGAGAGUACAUUCAUUUUUCUGCUGGACUUAAAAUUAGGUGGGAGUUGUGGUUGCCAUUAAAAAACAAAGAAGGUGGGAGUUGUGGUUCUUGUGGGUGUCGAGAAUUCAAAGUUGAAGAGUCUUAAGUGUCUCCUAAUUAAAUCUGUCAACAUCCUGGGAAUUGGGAAGCUAGAGAUCUUGCGUUUCCAUCGGGACUGGUAAGACUGAAGUCUUGUUCUGAUUAUUUGGUGUUGAGUUUUCAAACAAGCCCUGGGGUUGGAAGCAGGGGAAACUUCUUGGAGCUUACAAGUAAAAAGACACAUGUACUGCUUUUUCUGUUGUCAAAUUUGCAGGAACUUUUGUUCAACUGGUAUUGCCUUGUUGACAUAGAUAACUGAAACCUGAUAGAAAAUUCUAGAGUAAAAACACUUUCAUAGUUCCAGGUGGUAAAAAUCAGGCGGAUACAGGGCUCGGUUGGUGAGACCAUUGGCUUAAUUCUCUGUGACUUACCCUUCCAAAACGAUGGCUGAAGAAGAUGAUCCAUAUCUAUCUAGGGUCAAGAUGAGACUUCCUAUUUUCAUUUUCUUCAAGGAUGUCAGAAAUGUUUUUAAACUGGAUGACCUUGGAUCAGAGAUAGCACAAAUUGCAUUGCCUGCAGCACUGGCUUUAACAGCUGACCCUAUUGCUUCUCUUGUUGACACAGCAUUCAUUGGCCAAAUAGGUCCAGUGGAACUUGCUGCUGUAGGAGUUUCUAUUGCCUUGUUCAAUCAAGUAUCUAGAAUUGCAAUAUUCCCACUUGUCAGUGUCACAACCUCUUUCGUAGCUGAGGAAGAUACUAUUGGAAGAGUGAGCUCUGACGCACAAGAAAGUGAAUACUUAGAAGCAGGUUCAUGUGCAAACAAUGAAAGUAAAGAGUUAAUACCACAAACAGAAUCUAGCGAUGGUGCACACCAGCCAAAAACACUAGGAGACAGGUUUGAUAUUGCUAAAUUUGAGCCUGAAAGAAGGCAUAUCCCAUCAGCUUCAUCAGCAUUGGUUAUUGGUGGUAUCCUUGGUCUCCUACAGGCCAUAUUCCUUAUAUCUGGAGCAAAGCCUCUAUUGAACUUCAUGGGAGUCAGUUCAGAUUCACCCAUGCUAAACCCUGCACAACAGUACUUGACAUUAAGGUCACUAGGUGCUCCUGCAGUUCUUCUCUCGUUAGCCAUGCAAGGGGUCUUUCGAGGAUUUAAAGAUACAAAAACUCCUUUAUAUGCCACUGUGGCAGGAGAUGUAACAAACAUUAUUUUGGACCCAAUAUUUAUGUUUGUUUUCCAUCUGGGUGUCAGCGGUGCAGCCAUUGCUCAUGUGAUAUCUCAGUACCUCAUUUCAGUUAUACUCUUGUGGAAGUUAAUGAGUCAAGUUGACCUCUUACCUCCUAGUUUAAAACAUCUACAGUUCAGUAGAUUUCUUAAGAAUGGUUUUCUAUUGUUAAUAAGGGUUAUGGCUGUUACAUUCUGUAUCACCCUGUCUGCAUCAAUGGCUGCCAGACUGGGAUCAACAUCCAUGGCUGCGUUUCAAGUAUGCUUGCAGGUUUGGUUGGCAACCUCUCUUCUUGCUGAUGGAUUGGCUGUUGCUGGACAGGCCAUUCUUGCAAGUGCAUUUGCAAAAGGGGACCAUGAAAAGGCAACAGCCACUGCUUCUCGAGUAUUGCAGUUAGGAUUGGUUCUGGGUUUGAUACUUACUGUCAUACUUGGAGGGGGAUUGAGUUUUGGAGCAAAAUUAUUUACGAAAGAUGUCAAUGUCCUACACCUCAUUGGUACAGGCAUUCCGUUUGUUGCAGCUACUCAGCCCAUCAAUUCUUUAGCAUUUGUAUUUGAUGGUGUCAACUUUGGAGCAUCUGACUUUGCAUAUUCUGCCUUCUCCUUGGUUCUUGUGGCUAUUGUCAGCAUCAUAUGUUUGUCUAUUCUCUCCUCCAGUCAUGGAUUUAUUGGUCUCUGGAUAGCUCUGACCAUAUAUAUGAGUCUUCGAGCAUUAGCCGGAUUUUGGAGGAUAGGGACGGGAACAGGGCCUUGGAAGUUUCUCAGGGGCUGAAUGUAGCUCGCUUAUUUUUUUGGUUUUGACAAGUAUCAGCUUUGCAAAUCUUCCUCUGAAGCUGCAUUCUUGUUUCCAUAAUUUUCUUCUCAUGGAAACAAUUUUAGCACCCAAAGCAUUUUUACUGCUUUCUAUCAUGCUAUUAGCUUUGGUUCCUUCAAACUUGCUUCCUAUAUUUAUUUGCACAGAAAUUUGAAGGAGCUCAUUAAACUUGCUUUAUAAAUGUAAAGAAGAAAGUUAAAGGAUAAACUUCCUUGGUCUGAUGCUGAGAAGCAUUGGAGUAUGUACAGCAAAUAAAGCUGAAGAUGCAUGGCUUGGACCUUUUAUCUUUAGGUGUCACAUAUUGGCACGUACGUAAUAAAAUCAAAGUUUUCUCAAA